AUGGUUUGUUUCCGGGUUUCUCCCCAUGCUAUAAAUCGGCACCAUGGCAACGAUCUUGAAGCAAAUGAAUUCAACAGCAAAUUAUUGGAAUCAGUAAAUGCAACAGGGAUUAUUUACAUGACGCAUUCAAUGGUUGAAGGAGCUUUUAUUAUCAGGUUUUCUGUGGGUGCAACUCUCACUGAAGAUAUGCAUAUAAAGAUGGCUUGGGAGUUGGUGCAGGAUCAAGCAACUUCCCUGUUGGGUACACUAACACCAAAGGCGGAUUCUAAUGGUAAGAAGCCAUCCAAGCAGAUAGAAGACCACUCUAUCUAA